CUCCAGGAGAAUUUUGAAGUUGUAAAAUUUCCGCUUCAUGAUAAGUAAUUAAUUUGUCUUUGGGUGGCAGCCAGCAAUUAUCCCAUGUGUAGGACAAGACGAUUCAAACGAAUAUAAAAGGCGGUCGAUCUUUUGGAUCAAGGCUUCAUUACUCACUUACUCACACUCACAAAUCCUAACACUUAUUAUACCACCAUCAUGGUCCAAUUACUUUCAUUAUCCUCUACUGUCGCUGCUUUCUUGUUGCUAUCUCUUGGCAUCAAUGACGUUGCUGCUGCCAAAACAUGCGUUGUAGCCAAGACUGGUAAUGAUGACACUGCUGCUAUCGUCAAGGCCUUCAACGACUGUAAGACCGGUGGCAUUGUCUCCUUCCCCAAGGGUAAAUCCUAUAACUUGAACGGUAUGAUUGAACUCUCUGGUCUUAAGGAUGUCACCAUUGACUUCCAAGGUCAAAUCGUUUUACCUAGUUGGGAUAAGAAAUAUAAGGGCGGUAACUCUUACAUUUCUAUUAAGGGUAGCAACAUUCACAUGUCUGGCGGCGGUACCAUUGUUGGUAACGGCCAAGGCUGGUAUGACCGUCAAGACCACACCGCACCUACCGUCAUUCGUUUCGGUGCUACCAACUCUGUCUUUGGCAACUUCAAGAUUGUCAACGCUCCUCGUGCUCAUAUGGGCAUCACCGGUUCUAACAACGUUGUCCUUGAAAACAUUUACCUCAACACUGCUUCCAGCAGCAAGAACCCUCCAAAGAACACUGACGCCUUAGACAUCUCUUCUUCCAGCAACAUCGUCUUUAGAAAUUCUGAACUCAACAUAGGCGAUGAUUGUACUGCUAUCAACGGUGGCGUUACCAACGUCACUUUAUCACACAUCAAGUGUAAUGGUGGUCACGGUUUCAGUGUUGGAUCUCUUGGUAAGGGUGGCAAGCAAGAAUCUGUCAAGCUCGUCCGUGUCUUGGACUCUGUCUGUACCAACUGUCAAAACGGUGUCAGAAUCAAGACAUGGCCCGGUGGAAAGGGUGUUGUUCAAGAUGUAGUCUACAAGAAUGUUCAACUCAACAAUGUCGAAAACCCCGUUAUUGUCACCACCCACUACUGUGACAAGAAUCAAAUGUCUUUCUGUACCAAGAACAACGACAGCUCCUUGUCUAUCAGCAAGGUCACUUUUGAUACCAUCACCGGUUCCGUUGCCGGUAAGAAGCCUGCUAUUAGCAUUGACUGUUCCAAGAAUACCCCCUGCAGUGGCUUCACUCUUUCCAACAUCAAUAUCAAGAGCAACGGCGCCAAGAAUGUCUGUAACAACUUGUCUGGCUCUAACAAAAUCUCUUACUGUUCUUAAACGGCUUCUAUUGAUCCCCCUUUUUUUCAAUUAUCUUCAAUAAAACAUUAUUUUAUAAAGAGCAAAAAGAUCGUAUAUUAAUGCAUAAACAAACUGAGCAAGAUUUCACUUAUAGCAAUGUUCUCACUUUUUCCUAUCAAGCGCAUCCGCUUUAGUCUUAUUCACUGAAUAUACUGAACUGCUAAUAUUGCUCAAAGUAAACUAUGACAAAUAUAAAAAAUAGAAUACUCCAUUGAAACUAUAAAUCCCUUUGAUAAAAUAUGUACGGCGAAAGUUGUUAUGGUAAUCAGUUUAUAAACUUUGUAACUUAGCGGUUGUUAAGAGUUUUUUUUAUUUACAUUAGUUUAUAACUCACCCUGUUGCAUCGUAGCCACAAUCGCCAGGGGCAGCGUUUCCGAAGUAAUA